AUGGCGUCUGACGAGCAAAACGAAGCGCAAGGGCAGGGCGAAUAUGGGGCGCAGCAUUGGCCGCGUGCUAUACUAGACACAGCCACAGACGAUUUCGAAAUGGAAGCGGGGGAUACAAAAGACGAUGCUCCUGCCGCUCCGAACGAUGCGCAUCGUUCGGAGCACCAAGCGGCGGCGGAGGAGGAGGAGGACAAGUAUGCUAUCGACGAGGAGCAACAUACCAGUAUUGACCAGCAAGAUCCUCCAAUCAAGGAGGACGAACUGGAAGAACACACGGGUGCAGAGGCAUCCGACGCCGCCUCCGAUACAAACCGCGACGUCGGAGCACGCCGUUUGCGCAGGACGCACGGCGCUGAAGGCUCCGCCAAAGGGGACGUGCUGGAUGCUGAUGCUUUUGGAAAAGGCAUCGAGUACGACGAGCAGGACGAUAGCGAGGGCGUGACGCGCUGUGUGUGCGGCAGCACCGACGAGAACGUCGGUCUGAUGAUCCAGUGCGAGACAUGCAAGUGCUGGCAGCACUGCGCGUGCAUGGGCAUGCAUACCGAAGAAGACUGUCCCGACGUGUACUUCUGCGAGCAAUGCAGGCCAGAGAAUCAUAUCGAGCUGCUCCGCUCGCUGGGCUUCCUUCCUCCGCCCAAAGUCGUAAAACGCGGCGCGAGCCGAAGCAGUCGCGUCGCGCUGGCCAAAGAACACGCGCGCGAGCUGAACGAUGCGAGAGAAGCAAUCCGCGUCAUGGCACAGGAAAACGUGGCGCGCCUGCGCGCCGAGGCGGGCGCUGCAGAGGAGCGCACGAGUCCUUCGGCGCGGCGCACACGCAAGCACUCGCCCGAUGCAGACGCACGCGUGCCGCCGAAACGGCGCAGCACGAUGAACUCGCGCGAGUUUGGUGGCGAUGGCUGGGAGCAUAUCCCGCCGUCGCUGCUGCAGCCAGAAGAAUACGAUGCUCGCGAACUGGAUUCUCCAGAGGACAGUCUUCGCAAGCGUAAGCGCAUCGUGGACGAGCCCCCGAGUUUGGAGCCCGAGGGUGUUGCCGACGCUGGGAAACGGCGGCGUACACAGGAAGCGAACCGCAAUGCGCGCGAUACGCCGGAUAUUGAGCGACGCGAAGUGUUGCAGCACGAGCCGCGCGCUGCGAGCCAUGCACCACGGAGCAAGCACGACGCACCCAUCCCGAUGCGUGCGCGUGAAAUUGUGCGUGCGAGUCGCGAUGUAGGGAGCCGGCAAGGCACGCCGACGCCGGGCGAUGGCGGCGCAAAAAGUGCGCCAAGCACGCUGCCCGAGCAUCUUGCGCAUCUUGCGUACCUUGUCCCGCCAUUGCCCGGCGAAGAGAAGGAGGGUAAGAGCGAGGCCAAGGUGCCUGGACUGCCCGAGCCGUUUGCUUUGGUCGCGGUCAUGGACACUGCCACCAAGAUUCGAUACCCCCAAAAACGGAUGACGCUGAGCGAGAUGCGCAAGCGAAUCCGCACGAUCGGAGACUAUGUCGCCCGCGUACAGAUCGAGGCGGUGGAGCGCGAAAAACGAGUCCAAUUUCUUGCCAGGAUCAUGGGCGGGGAGAGCGAUGAACGGGCUGUGGCUCCGGCUCCGAAUGCGGUGCCACUUAGUAUGCAGCUUGCCGAGCAGCUCACACGCGACUUGACGGCAUUUCAAAGGCGGUUUGGCGUGGCGAGUGUAGCGUCACGCGCACUGACUGAAUUAGAGAUGGAGCAAGUGGAUGCGUAG